AGCCUGGCCAGUUGGACGUCGCGGCAAACACGAGGUGUCCGACGACGCCAGUGCAGUGUGACCGUCGGUUCUCGUCACGUGAAUCGAACGCUUCCGCUUCCUGCGGAUAGACGCGUAACGCGACUCGCACACGAUCGAUCCAGCGUGUACGUUCGAUCGUUACCACACGUCCAGCGUCCCUGAAGCCACCUCUCGCGCUCCAAUCGAUUUUCGCCGGUCUGAUCGAGCACAAUCUCGCGGCUAAUCGUGGUGCAUCGAGGUGCGCUGACAUUCUUAUUUGCGCGAUCUUGAAUCACGACUGUGUCGCUGUUUGAUAGUGGGGGCGAGGGGGGGGGGGGGGGGAUGAAGGUUGGCUAAAUUGGGAUUCGAACCGAGAUACGAGGUUUUCGCGAAUUUUACGAUUUCGUUUGCGUGUCGAGUGAGAAUCUCUUGGUUUCAUUUUGUAGAAGGUAGAAUUUCCCGGCCAGAAAGCAAAACUGAAAAUUGCUUUAGUUUCCGUCCGGAGCAUGCCUCGGCUGGGAAGUUGGAAGCAGUGAAACUGCCACGGCAGUUCGUGUCAUUUAUUUAUGGGUAGUUUCAACGCGGCGGAGUUUCGCUGGCGAAACUGGGAAUUUUCCUUGAAAGAUAAUGAGAAAAGAAACGAUGCCGGGAGUUGUAGCAACGGACUACAACUUCCCAGUAGUAAAACCGAGCUUCGAUUUUCUGUCGUGGCGAUACAAUUGAGAGAGAAAUAAAUCUUAAAACGUACUUUCCGUGUGUGACAAACUCCAACAACUCUGUGAAAGCUCUGUGCCUGUGCAAGUGUCAGACUGUCGGUCAUCAAGAUCCCGAGUGAAUCUGAGGGAACGUUUACGAAAUAAAAUCCUUGAUGAAAGUGUCUGAAAGUGUCUUCCAUCAUUGAGUUCAACUAAACUCAAAUCAAACGUAUCGUGGCUACCCUGAGGACUGCGUAAUAACGUUGAUCCAAAGAUCAAGACCUCCUGCAGCGAGUAACACACCAGAUCAACAUCGAUGAGGAUGCCCAUUAUCGAAUCGUCUCUAAACGCUGUUUGAGAAAGGCAACUGGAGGAAACUACUCGUUUCGCCAUUUGGAAUGAUCGAGAGACGAGGUGGCCAAGGGAACAACGAGUUGGAAUGCGGAUGAAACCGAGCGACAGAAGGCUCUAACGAUGUCUGGCUCUAGCGGAGGCUUGAUGGACACCCCGUUGCCCAGCGGCGGCCUAAAAAGAUGCGGCGGUGGGAUGAGUUCGCCGUCGCUGGCUGGCGGUGGGAUCGCAGCGUUGUCCGGGGGGCUUCCUCGCACUCGGUCCGCCUGCGCCCUCCGGAUACGAUCGUCCAAGAAGGCUCUGUUCUGGGAACAGUGCUUCGAGUCACCGUCCAAGAGAGACUUCCAUGGCGAGGACCUCAUCGUCACGCCGUUCGCGCAGAUCCUUGCCUCCCUGCGCUCGGUCAGGAACAACUUCCUGUCGCUUACGAAUGUGCCCACGAACAAAUCACGAAGGAGUAGCGGUGCACAGGGUAGCAGCACGCCGCAGCCACGGAUCUUGGCACCAGGAGAGGAGAACUACAUGAAACUGGCGGUGGAGACGAUGGAAGAGCUGGACUGGUGCCUGGACCAGCUGGAAACCAUUCAGACGCAUCGAUCCGUGUCCGACAUGGCCUCUCUGAAGAAGUGAGCGACGUUCGCCGCC